AUGCUCCGGCUGACGUCUGAUCACUUCCCUGUCUUUGUCCCGUUUGGAGUGAUCGGGUGGGUUGUCCCUGAAUUCACGUUCUACCGCUAUUUGUGGUAUCUCAUCCGCGUUGCGGCUGCCAUCGCCUACCGCCCCGUCCCGCUGCCGGAAAACCCGACCUACCUUGCUGAGGAAGAUGUCACCAUUAUCGUGCCGACCAUCGACGCCGGAGAGGAGUUCAAAGAGGCAGCACACAGCUGGCUCGCUGGGCGCCCGAAGGAGAUCCUCAUCAUUACGGAGGAAAAGAUGCGUGGCCCGCUCCAGGAGCUCGCCGACGCUGUCGACCCUUCGCGCAUACGCGUACUCACGGUGCCCUAUGCGAACAAGCGUCUCCAGAUGGCGCACGGAAUACGCCACACGACGACCGAUAUCAUUGUCUUUGCGGAUGAUGACGCGAUCUGGCCGCCGACUCUCCUUCCGUACGUCCUCGCGUGCUUCGAGGACCAGCGUGUCGGAGGCGUUGGCACGUCCCAGCGCGUGCAGUCUGUGGGCGAACGCAUGUCCGUUUGGGAGAUCCUCGCGGCCUUCCGGCUGUCCAUCCGCAACAUCGAGAUCGCUGCCUCAACCCACAUCGACGGGGGCAUCCCGUGCCUGUCCGGGCGCACCGCUGCAUACCGGACGGUCAUCCUGAAGGACCCCGAGUUCCUGCACGGCUUCACGCACGACUAUUGGUUGGGCAAGUACCAGCUGAACUCUGGGGACGACAAGUUCCUGACGCGGUGGAUGGUGAGCCACGGCUGGUCAACAUACGUGCAGUGCUGCAAGGAGGCGGAGCUACUCAGUACGAUGAAGCCGAAUUGGCGCUUCUUGAAGCAGGUGCUCCGCUGGACACGAAACACGUGGAGAUCAGAUAUGCGCUCAUUGUUCAUGGAGCGCCACGUAUGGACGGCACAUCCAUACGUUGCAUACACGAUGGUGGACAAGCUGUUCAAUCCAUUCACUCUGCUCGCUGGGCCAGGAUUUGUUGCUUAUGUUGUAUACAAAAGCACAAUCCCUGUGAGCGACGGCGGAUAUCAUUUGCCUUCAUGGAAUGUUGUUGUGUCUUAUUUCGCAUGGCUACUUGCGACACGCACACUGAAGCUACUCCCGCAUUUGUGGCAUCGCCCGCAAGACAUCAUAUAUGUCCCUGCAUUCAUACUGUUCGGAUAUUAUUUCGCAAUCAUGAAGAUAUACGCAUUACUGACUCUACAUGAGACCGGUUGGGGAACACGCGCAGGCAUUGGCGACCCUACCGCAGCCACCGCCGCAGCAGACACGGACGGCGACAACAAGACCCCUGGACAAAUGGAGAAAGCUUGCACGCCGUCUGGAUAUCCCUUCCCAGAAGUGCGGCCCUACGGGCAGUUAGAUUCUACAGAACCGCGGAGGGAGUACGUGUAG